AUGGGGAACGUAUUCAGUUCUAUCUUCAGCAAACUUUGGGGAGGAAGUAAGGAGAUCCGGAUUUUGAUACUUGGACUCGAUGGUGCAGGAAAAACUACUAUUCUCUAUAAGAUGCAACUUGGAGAGGUGGUGAAGACAAAGCCAACCAUUGGUUUCAAUGUGGAGACACUCAAGUACAAAAACAUAUCUAUAAACAUGUGGGAUCUUGGAGGUCAGACAUCCAUAAGACCCUAUUGGCGGUGUUACUAUGCUGAUACUGCAGCAGUGAUUUUUGUGGUGGAUUCGACGGACAAAGAUCGAUUGGAUGUGGCUAAGAAAGAGCUACAUACUAUGUUAAAGGAAGAUGAGCUAUCGGACAGUGCGUUGUUGGUAUUUGCUAAUAAGCAGGAUCAACCAGGAGCUAUGACAGCAUCUGAAGUUUCUAAAGCUCUAGGAUUGGCCGAGUUGAAGGAUAGAAGCUGGAGUAUAGUGGCCAGUAGUGCCGUCAAAGGAGAAGGGUUAACGGAGGGAUUGGAUUGGUUAAUUGACGUCAUUAGAGAGGAACAGGAGUUAUAG